ACAGCACGCUGCUCGCCGCCAAGAGAGCGAGGGGGAGAGAGAGAGCGAGAAAGAAAGAAAGUGCUCCUUCUGGAUUUUUCUUUUUCCGUUUUCAUUUGACAUUUUUUUCACCAAAGCGCCACAACCUGGGCUAUCUUUUUGACCCUCCUUCUUCGCUCUCUGUCCUCCCCCUCCUCCCCUCCUUCUCUCUCUCUCUUCUCUCUCUCUCCCUCUCCCUCUCUCUCUCUCUCUCCCUCUCCCUGCAUGUGUUGGUGUGUGUGAAGGGAGACCUGGGGUGGACACACAAUGGGGCGAAGUGCCUGUGGCAACUGGGCCGUUGUGCUGCUGAGAGGGGGAGGGGGCGGAGAGAAGACCGGCACACAGAGGAGCUAACGCAGCCAGCCAGCCAGCCAGCCAGCCCUCCCGCCCGCCCGCCCGCCCGCCUGCCUGACUGCCGGCCCAAGGCCUCUCCUCCUCCUUCACUGCUGCCUGGGCUCGGGCUAGCGUUGCUCGCUCGCUCGCGAUCUCUCUGUCGCUCGCUGUCGGUCGGUUGUUUUCUCGCUAGCGCCGUCCGGCCGAGGACGCCCAGCUCUUGGGCUUCCUUCAGACGUUUUUCUCUCGGAAAAAAAGGGGAAAUUCCUCCCCCCCUCAGAGCAGCACUAUGGAUUAAUAUCAGCCUGUGUGUGUGUGUGAGAGAGAGAGAGAGAGACUCCAUGGCUCCAUGGAUUUCUUUGGGAUAUACCAGUCCAUGCCGGAGAUUUUGAGAAGGAGCCCUUCCUGUAUUUGGGACUAAACGACAAGGGAGACCAAACUUUUUCUUUCAUUUUCUUUCUCCACCUUUCCUUCUCUGCUCCUUUUGUCGUUCGGUUUCGUUUCGCGGCGCAGAGGAGCUCAUCAAUGGAUUACAAGAUGCAUUCCAAAUCAAAUGAUCUGCUGGAUUUUCAGACACUGGAUGCCCUUUUGGAAAAAAUUGCACACUAUUCUGUGGCUGUGAAAAGAGAGCCCAGCGAGGAGUGCAAUGGAAUCAGCGGUCCUCUCUCUGUGGAGUCCGCGCCCGGCUCGCGGCUGAACGAGUGGUGUCCCGCCGGCCUUCCUCCCGCCCCUGUGCCCGCACCGCACCUCGCCAGCAUGGGGGACGGUCUGGACGCAGCGCAGAUGUCCGGUCACAGCAGCGGCAGCGUCGUCGGCCAGGGGCAGCUCUCCUCCACGCCGACGGUCCCCUCCCACAACCCGCCCGCCCCGGAGACCUCCAACCCCCUGCGGCCCAAGCGCCAGACCAACCAGCUGCAGUACCUGCUCAAGGUGGUUCUCAAGUCCCUGUGGAAGCACCAGUUCUCGUGGCCCUUCCAGGCUCCCGUAGAUGCAGUCAAACUCAGCCUGCCUGAUUACUACAAGAUUAUUAAGUGUCCUAUGGACAUGGGAACAAUCAAGAAGCGGCUUGAGAACAGCUACUACUCCAACGCCCAAGAAUGUAUCCAAGACUUCAACACCAUGUUCACCAACUGCUACAUCUACAACAAGCCCGGGGACGACAUUGUCCUAAUGGCCGAGGCCCUGGAGAAGAUGUUCCUGCAGAAGAUCUCCGAGAUGCCCACGGAGGAGACGGAGAUCACGGUGAUGACGGGCAAAGGUCGUGGCCGGGGCAGGAGCCGAGAUCCAGGCCUUCACUUGAAACCGGGCUCCGGCAUCGACUCCCCGUCGACGACCCCCCACACGCGCGGCCUAGUCUCCAGUAUGACCCCCGGACCGCAGACCCGAGGCCCGCCCCCGCAGGGCCCGCCCCACCUACCGCCCCAGCUACCUCCCCAGCUGCCCCCCCAGCCCACCAUGCAGCCCAUGCCCCUGCGAGUGCCCCCCAUGCUCCCCACGCACGCCCCCCAGCUCGGGCCGCCUUACUCGCUGGGCCCGCUGGACUGUGCCCCGCAGGCGCCCCCCAUCAUAACGUCGGUGCCUCCUCCUCCCCCCCCAGCCCAGACCGCCCUGCCGCCCCCACCCAUCCAGCAGACGGCCGCCCCCACCCUCCAGAGCGUCUCCCUACCGCACGUCUCCCUUCCGCAGCCCAAACUCACCGCACGUUUUCCCAGAAGCCAGAAGCGGAAAGCAGACACGACGACGCCCACGGCCAACGACCAGCUGAGCGAGUCCUCGCCGGCCGAGUCCAAGUCGGGCAAGACGCUGCGGGGCGCCACCAUCACCAUGCGGCCCACCAAGCUGCCCAAGAAGGAGGCGCCGGACUCGCAGCACCACCUGGGCAUGCUGUCCACGGGCGGCGGCGGCAUCGGUGGCAUCGGCGGCGGCAUUGGCGCGCACAGCCCCAAGCAGCAGGAGCAGAUACGCCACUGCGCCGGCAUCGUCAAGGACAUGUUGUCCAAGAAGCACGCCGCCUACGCCUGGCCCUUCUACAAGCCCGUGGACGUGGCCGCGCUGGGCCUGCACGACUACCACGACAUCAUCAAGCAUCCCAUGGACCUCAGCACCAUCAAGCUUAAACUGGACAACAGGCAAUACCGUGACGCACAGGAGUUUGCAGGUGACGUGCGGUUAAUGUUCUCCAACUGCUACAAGUACAACCCUCCCGACCAUGAAGUGGUCUCUAUGGCACGGAAACUACAGGACGUUUUUGAGAUGCGCUUCGCAAAGAUGCCCGACGAGCCGGAGGAGACGCUGACUCCCGCGCCGGCUCCCAUUCUUCACCCGGCGCCCAUCAAGACGCAGCCUCCCAUGGCCCCCGCGUCCUCCUCGGACUCCUCCAGCGACUCCUCCUCGGAGUCGGACUCCUCCACGGACGACUCGGAGGAGGAGCGCGCUCAGAGACUGGCUGAGCUUCAAGAGCAGCUGAAGGCCGUCCACGAGCAGCUGGCUGCCCUGUCUCAGCCUCAGGCCAGCAAACCAAAGAAGAAGGAGAAAGAGAAGAAGGAGAAGAAGAAGGAUAAGCACAAAAAGAAGUCGGGAGGAGGAGGAGGCGGCAUGUCUGCGCUGGACGAGCUCCCCGAGCCCCCCAUGCCUGCCCUGCCGCCCCCCAAGAAGAGCAAGAACAACAAGGACCCGCUGCCUAAGAAGACCAAGAAGCCUGGUAAGAAGGACGGUGUGAAGAACAACCGCUCCAUCCCCCCCCUGCCCGCACCCAUGCCCACCCUGCUGCCCGUGCCCGGCCUGGACUCGGAGGAGGACCUGCUGGGCUCCGGCGGUGCCCCUGGGGGUGCGGGCGGCGCGGAGAAGUGCAAGCCCAUGACGUACGAGGAGAAGCGCCAGCUGAGCCUGGACAUCAACAAGCUGCCCGGAGACAAGCUGGGCCGCGUGGUGCACAUCAUCCAGUCGCGCGAGCCCUCGCUCAAGAACUCCAACCCCGACGAGAUCGAGAUCGACUUCGAGACGCUCAAGCCCUCCACGCUGCGAGAGCUGGAGAGAUACGUCUCGUCCUGCCUGCGCAAGAAGAAGAAGGCUCCAGAAAAGACCAUGGAAGCCAUGAGUGCUACCAAGACCAAGGGGUCGUCCUCUGACUCGGGCAGUAGCAGUGAGUCCAGCUCCUCAGAAAGCGAGGAUUCCGAGACAGUUGGAAUGGCGUCCAAGAAGAAGAAGGGCCACGGCAAGGAGGGCAAGAAGCCUCACCACCAGGCCCUGGCGCCCACGCUGAUCCAGCCCCACAUCGCCCCCCUGCCCCAGCCCCAGGUGCUGCAGCCCAUGGCCCAGCUGAAGCAGCAGCAGCAGCAGCACCCCUCGCCCGUGGCCUACAUGCCCCCUCCGCAGCCCGUCACCGCCCUGGAGUCCUCGCAGCUCCUGGAGAACACGUUUGACUCCCUGCCCAACUUCGGGCAGCCCCUCAUGCACCUGUCGCACCACGCCAGCGAGUCCUCGUCCCCCGCCGGCCCGCCACCGCACCUGGGCGCCCCCCAGCCCGGCGCCACUGUGUCCCCCGAGACCCAUCCUUUCCUCAAUCAGCACGCCAUAAUCCCCCCUCCAGCUCUGCACAACGCCAUGCCUCAGCAGCCUUCCCGGCCCAGCAACAGGGCGGCCGCUCUACCUCCCAAGCCCCCCCAGCAGACCAUGCAGCAGCAGCAGCAGCAGCACCCCACCCCGCCUCCCCAGCAGGCCCUGCAGCCCCAGCAGCUCCAGCCCCUCCAGCCCCAGUCCCAGCCCCCACCACCGCCGCAGCCCCAGCCCCCUCAGCACCACCUGCCCCCCCACCUCAUGCACCCUCCGCAGCCCCUGCGCCAGCGGCCGCUCUCCCCGCCGACCCUCACCCCGCAGGGCCUGCUCUCCUCCCAGCCGCCCCAGAUGCUGCUGGAGGACGACGAGGAGCCCGGCCCCACGCUGCCCCUCAACCCCAACCUGCAGCUCUACCUGCAGCACCUCCAGGGCAGACAACAACAACAACAACAACAACAACAGCAACAGCAACAGCAGCAGGCCUCCCUGAUGCAGUCCCUACCUAAUAGACAACAGCAGCAGCAGGCAGCGCAGCCUCCUCUGCUUCAGUCCGUGCAGGUUCAGUCCCAGCUUGCUCCGUCGCAGCUCCCCGCACAGUCGCAGACCCCGACCCAGCCCCCUCCACCCCACCAACCCUCAAGUCAGCAGCUCCAGCAGCAGCAGCAUCAGGCCAGGCACAUGCAGCAGCAGCAGCAACAACAACAACAACAGCAGCAGCAACAACAACAACAACAUCCCCAGCAGCAGCAGCAGAUGAGCUUCUCGCAGGGUCCCAUGUCCGGCAAUCAGACACAGCCAGCGCCGCAUAAAGUCUCCAUGGCCACCAGUAAAGCACAGCAGAUCAUCCAGCAGCAGCAGCAGCAGCAGCAGCAGCAGCCGCCACAGUCACAGCAGUCUCAGCAACAGCAUCCUUCUCCACGACAACACAAGGCAGACCCCUACAACACUGGCCACCUGAGGGAGUCUCCGCUCAUGAUGCAUUCCCCCCAGAUCUCCCAGUACCAGCCCAUGCACCCGUCUCCCCCACACAACCUGCAGCCCAAGAAGGAACAGAGGCCUCCCUCGGUCCUGUUGAAGGAGGAGAAGCUGCCCCCGUCGCCAGUCAUGCAGGGCGAGCCCUUCAGUCCCGCCAUGCGCCAGGAGUCCCACAAGCAUCCGGAGCCAAAGGCCAUGGCUGUCCACGGCCAACAGAGGGAGCCCAAGUCAUCGGACAGCUCACGGCCCGUCAUCCGCUCGAUUGACCUGCCCCCCUCAAUGCAAGAGAAGGACAAGUUCAAGCAGGAGCCUAAAACACCCGUCGCCCCCAAAAAGGUACAGGACGUGAAGUUAAAGAACAUGGGCUCGUGGUCAAGCCUGGCCCAGAAGUCGACCUCCACACCAUCGUCGGCGCUCAAGUCGUCGAGUGACUCGUUUGAGCAGUUCCGCCGCUUCGCCCGUGAGAAGGAGGAGCGCGAGAAGGCGCUGAAGGCCCAGGCCGAGCAGGCCGAGAAGGAUCGCCAGCGGCGGGAGCAGGAGAAGCUACGGGGUCGAGACGACGAGGAUUCGCUGGAGCCGAGUCGCCGGCAGCACGAGGAGCCGCGUCGGAGGCAGGAGCCGCCACAGGUGCAGCCGCAGGUGCAGCCAGCCCAGCAGCCGCCUCAGCAGCAGCAGCAGCAGCAGCAGCACGCGUCGCACUCGCAGACGCCGGGCCAGGUGCACUCGCCGGCCACGCCCCAGCCCGCGCAGGCCCCCCCGACGCCACCCACCUCCAGCCAGAGCGCCCUGGACCAGCACCAGAGAGAGAUGCUGCGCCGCCGAGAGCAGGAACGCAGGAGGAGAGAGGCGAUGGCAGCUAUGGUUGACAUGAAUUUCCAAAGUGAUCUAAUGGCCAUCUUUGAGGAGAACUUGUUCUGAGAAUCAUGUUUUUAACUUCCUGCCGAACUGAAAGGAAUAAAUAAAAAAAACAACGAUAAACAAACUGCAAAUUCCUUUGGUGGGGAUUGAAAAAAAAAAAGAAGAAAAAAACAGAAAUGGGAUAACGAGAACCGUAAAACUCACGGGGCGAUGGAUUAAGGAACCCUGAACUGGUCCCCGUAGAACCUCUGAAAACGGCCUGCCAUGUUGAGGCAGGCUGCAUCCACGAGUUAAAGGACGCCCCUGCCCUCCCGCACUCAGAGGUGGGGAGCCCCUUAGCCUGACUGCUGGCGCCGCCUCCGCCGCCACCUCUUUGCGGCUUCAUUUUCCUGCGGAUGUGACGUUGUCAUGGCAGCAAGGGCCUAGGAGGACUUGUUCGGCGCGGCGCUUUGUGAGACAGAGCGAGGAGCAGUGGCCCAACGCCACCACCGUGGAGCGGACGAUUGAUUCCGAUAAUGAUUUAAAUAUUCUUGAUUACCUGUCGUUUAAAGCAUCCAAGAACUGCCAUGCGCCGUCGGGGGGAGGGGUCAACGAGACAAGAGGCUGUUUUGUUUUGGGAUUUUUUUCUUUCAUUUUUUUCCCCUUUGUUUUUUGGACACAUCCAAGCAGAUUGCAGGUUGGGGAUGGGCACUUAAAUAUGAAAUCUUGGGUUGUCACUUCUCAGGAGGAGGUGCAGCUUGCCUUACGCCUCUGACCUGUACACACACACUAUAUAUAGACAUACACACACUCUCACACACACACACAUACCCACACACACAAAUGUACUAUACAACAGUAUACUCACUGACCUGGACGUAUGAACAAAGAAAUGAUCCAUUAUUUACAAACCAGAGAGGAGUGUUACAAUGUGCAGAUUUUUUUCAUUAUGUUGGAUCUACUGUAAAAAGGUAUUUUCUUAUUCUAUGAAUACUGUUUUUUUUUUCUUUGUUUUCUUUUUUUAUAUUUUAACCCUCUUAUCAAUGCCAUUCUCCAUCUAUGUCUAUGCCAAACAACUGUUUCCUUUUAUGCUGAAGUUCUAGUCUUGAAAUUCUUCAUUUAACUUGUGUCUUUCUUAAUAUAUAAAUAUAUUUUUCUUGUCCAGUCCCCCCACCCAAUGGGCCUAGCUAGCCUGAUAGUAAAUAGACUAAUAUAUGCAUUACUCCCCACAAGUGUUAAUUGAGGGCAAAACCCAUAAAAUAUGCAUCCAUUCUUCCGUCAUUUCACUUCACCCUAGUGCGAAGCUCAUCACUACCACAGGAGAGCUCCAUCACAUUGGGCCUUCUUGCUGAGCUGUCCUUUGGUUUGAUUUUUUUUGUAAACUAAUUCAAGCAAACUUUAUGUCUGUUGUACAAAGAGAUGCAAAAUUUUGUAUUUUUCUUUUCUAUCUGCAAACUGGUUCAUGUUCACCCAACAGCAUUGUUAGAAUGGGUCAGAGCAUUAACAUCUAGCUUGUUUGGCUUUGUUGAGCACAGCUGAUGAUCUUUGACGGACGGAGACCUAAGAUCCUUUAGGGAGAGCUCGGAGACAGAACACAAGAUGGAAGCUAGUCUUUGCAUGACUCCUCUUUUCACAAAUCAUUUAAACUAUGACGAAGCAGAGACACUCUGUACGCUGUACUAGAUAUAAUAAUAAACACAAAAGAUUUGAAACAUAAAACUAAAAAAAAAAAAAAAAAAAAAAUCAAAAAAAAGAAAA